AUGGCGGACAUGGCAGCCGACCAGAAGGAAAUCGACCAGGAGCAGAACACGGCCGAUGUCCUGCGUGAUCCAAACGAACGGCCAGAAUGCUUUUCGAGCACCAUUCAAGAAUGUCUCUUCAUCCUCACUUCAACAAUGGCUAUCGGUCAAACGUCAUUCUUUCAAGGCGCUAUUAUCGUCGUUCUCGCCGAAAUCAGUAGAGACCUCAACAUGGACUCUGCCGAAACGACUUGGAGUACUGCGGGUGUUGCGCUGAGCAGCGGCGCCUUUCUACUACCCUUUGGAAAAGUAGCAGAUAUGUUUGGUCGCAGGACUAUGUUCAUUGCUAGCAUGAUAGGAUACACUCUAUCCCUUCUAGUCAUUGGCUUUGCAAAUUCCGCUCUGUAUUUCGACAUACUCUCAGGAGUCAUGGGAAUUUUCUGCGCCUCAUCUGUUCCUCCUGCAGUUGGUAUCCUAGGCAGUGCAUAUGAGAAGCCAUCGCCUCGGAAGAACAAAGCCUUUGCCUGCUUCAGCGCUGGGAAUCCCCUAGGUUAUGUAGGAGGCAUGCUUGUGUCCGGGAUCGCCUCCCAGGUCUCGACUUGGCGUACAUCCUUUUGGGCCUUAGCAGUCAUAUACGUCCUUUUCUCGAUUACCAGUAUCUUCACUGUUCCAAAAGAGCCGUCACGAGCCAAAGUGGCACUGACAUUGGAAAAUUUGAACAAACUCGACCCGCUUGGGAUGCUGCUUGCUGUUGCAGGGAUAGCGCUUUUCUCGAGCUCGCUGUCUCUCGCGGGGGACGCGCCCCAAGGCUGGAAAACUCCAUACGUCAUUGUUCUCCUUAUACUAGGCAUCUUGCUCAUCGGUGCUUUUAUUUAUUGGCAAUCAGUCUGUUCCACUCCUUUGAUGCCGCUCUACAUCUGGCGUGAUCAAAACUUCUCAUUGCUGAUGGGUGCCCUCUCUCUCGGGUUCAUGGCAUUUGUCUCCGGUCAGUUCUGGAUGGCUUUAUACAUGCAACAGGUCCAAGGCUACAGUGGUCUCGGUAUCACAGUUCGCCUAUUGCCCAUGGUGAUCGGCGGAGUGCUCGUUAAUGUCGUCUGUGCAUUGAUAUUGCAUCGAGUCAGCAAUAAAUUUCUCAUGUUUAUCGCCACCACAGCAUACAUGGGAGCUUUCCUGAUCGCCAGCUUUACGAAAGAAGAUAGCGUUUACUGGGGUUGCUAUUUCGUGCCGUUCAUUCUAAUGGUUGUAGGAGCGGAUAUCGAGUUCAACGUUGUGAAUAUGUAUGUCAUGUCUUCACUACCACCAUCUGAGCAGUCCCUAGCAGGCGGUAUCUUCAACACGGUCUCCAAACUAGUUUCCAACGUUGGCCUCGGUGUAACAACCGCUAUUUAUAACGCUGUCCGAGAUCAAGGUGGCUCUUCGGUGAUUCGACCAUAUUUGUCGACUUAUUGGUUCGCUACUGCUGUCGCUGGUAUCGCUAUCUUUUUGGUUCCCUUCCUCAAGCUCGGAACUCAAGGAGGCGGUAACUUGAUAGAGCGAUCAGAUGAGGAUCUAUCGGAUGGCGGAAAUACAUUGGUGGAAACCAAAAUCUAA